AUGUCUGCUGCGGUCAGCUGUCUGCUGACUGAAGAUCAGUUUCUGUGCUCCAUCUGUCUGGAUGUGUUCACUGAUCCAGUCACCACACCAUGUUUUCUACACAAGAACAGAGCUGCAAGUGAAUCUGAAAUCUCUGAGCUGAAGAAGAGAAGCACUGAGGUGGAGCAGCUCUCACAGUCUGAAGACCACCUCCACCUCCUCCAAAGCUGCACCUCCCUGAACGCUGCUCCACCCACCAAAGACUGGACAGAAGUCACCGUCCAUCCACCUUCAUAUGAGGGGACUGUGAGAAGAGCUGUGAAUCAGUUGGAGGAGACGCUCAGUAAACAGAUGAAGAAACCGUUUGAGGCUGAGCUGAAGAGGGUCCAGCAGUCUGCAGUGGAUCUGACACUCGAUCCUGAUACAGCACAACGCAACUUAAUCUUGUCUGGUGAUGGAAAACAAGUUAAACAUGGUGAUGUGAAGAAGAAACUUCCAAACAAACCAGAGAGAUUUGAUCAUUGUGUCGAUGUCUUAGCAAAGCAAAGUUUCUCCUCAGGGAGAUUUUACUACGAAGUUCAGGUUAAAAUGAAGACUGACUGGACUUUAGGAGUGGCCAGAGAGUCGAUCAACAGGAAGGGAAACAUCCCACUGACACCUCAGAAUGGUUACUGGACAAUAAGUUUGAGGAAUGAAAAUGAGUAUGAUGCUCGUGCUUACCCUGCAGUCCGUCUCUCAUUGAAAUCUCGGCCUGAGAAGGUGGGGGUGUUUGUGAAUUAUGAGGAGGGUCUGGUCUCCUUUUAUGAUGUUGAUGCUGCAGCUCUUAUCUACUCCUUUACUGGCUGCUGCUUCACUGAGAAACUCUACCCAUACUUCAGUCCAGCUCUCAAUUAUGCUGGUAAAAACUCUGCCCCUCUGAUCAUCUCUCCUGUCAAUCACGCUGAGUAG